CAGGAUGGACCCCAAGGAGCGGAAGAAAAUCCAGUUCUCGGUGCCUGCUCCCCCCAGCCAGCUGGACCCCCGGGCAGUCGAAAUGAUCCGCCGGCGGAGGCCAACCCCAGCUUUGCUGUUCCAGCUGUCGGAAACUUCAUCCCCUGAAGAUGAAGCAUCCCCAUACCAGAGAGCUUUGGGUGAAGGUUACCACCUUAAAAACAAAAGGAAUGCCCCCUGUGCCUACACACCCCCUUCUCUUAAAGCUAUGCAGCGCCUGGCACAGAGCCAUUUGGAAUCCAACAGCUCCUGGAUGGAAGAAGACUACGCUGAGGAGGUUGAGGAAGAGGAAGAGGACGAAGAGGAGGAUGAGGAAGAGGCUCAGGACUCAGACGACACCGUGAGAGAAAUGCCUGGCCUGUGUCAGCCAGAAGGAUCUCAGGGGCAGAAACAGACAGGCUCAGGAACCAAGGCAGCCUUGCUAAGGCAAUGCACAGUCUUGGAAAAUAAGCCCAAAGAAUCGGAGCAUCCUGACUAUCCAGCUGUCUCCAAAUCACAGAAACGGAAAGGUGGGCAGAAAGUCUCCUUCGCUGGAUCUGUAGAGGAGGUCCAGGAGGAGCCCAGCUUCCCUGGUGAGUCUGAGAAACCAGAUGGUGCCAAAGGAGGGGAAGAGGAGGACCAGCAGAACCAGGAGGCAGAGGUGGAGCUGGAGAAGGGAGACCCACCCCCUGCAGAUCACAUCAUGGAACUGAGUCAGUCUGGAUGGGAAGAGAAACCUCCUUGUGCCGCUGACCUGGAAACCAGUUCCUCCCCACCUCCAAUCCGCACAACCACCUAGCACAAGAGGGGAAGAGUAGAG